GCUUACCUUCAUUUUCAGUAUUGACUAGACAAAUAAAUAGAGCAUUUCCAAAUAAUUAAUAAAAAUAAACAAAAUUCCCUCUUGUUUGUAUUGUAAUUCGAGACCGCCACCACCCAGACAUACUUUAUGCUUGUGUCCAGGGUUUUAUACUAUUUUCUUUUCUUUAUAACUAUAAAUUAAUCAUGUCGUCAGACUCGCCGUCGGAUCCACCCCCACCCGACGAAUCCACCGCCGCCACUGUUGAUUGCUCUAAUAUGAACGGAAACACUUCUCCGUCGUCACAGCAAGCUCAGAUCCCUCUCGCAUGGCCUCAUGAUGGAAAGCUAUCAAUUCAAUGGAUCGAGCAUCUGAUGUUCACCUUUGAUUGGUCUUCUAAAAAUCUUCUUCCUUCUGAUUUUCCCUCUGUUUUACCUGUUGAUGUGUUUGACACUUGGGUGCUCACUGCUUCCAAGAUUCUUCAUAAAGAGCCUAAUUGUGUGAGAAUCGAUGCUCUUCAACCCGACUCAACUGUUGUAGUUGUGGGUGACGUUCAUGGGCAAUUGCAUGACGUGCUUUUUCUCCUCAAAGACGCUGGCUUUCCUUGUGAAAAUCGCGUCUUUGUCUUCAACGGUGAUUACGUAGACAGAGGCGCUUGGGGUCUUGAAACCUUCUUGUUAUUGUUAGCUUGGAAGGUUUUUUUGCCACAGAGAGUGUAUCUACUCCGUGGAAACCAUGAAUCUAAAUACUGCACAUCUGUCUAUGGCUUUGAGAAGGAAGUUUUAGCCAAGUAUGGAGACAAAGGAAAACAUGUAUACCGGAAAUGUUUGGGAUGCUUUGAAGGGCUUCCUUUGGCCUCUAUAAUAGCAGGAAAUGUUUAUACAGCCCACGGAGGGCUUUUUCGCAGUGUUUCUAUUACUCCAUCGAGGAGAUCAAAAGGAAAGAAGAACCGCAGGAUAAGUCUUAGUAUUGAAGACAAUUCUUUAUCUCUUGGUUCUUUGGAGGAAUUAUCUAAAGCUCGGAGAUCAGUUCUUGAUCCUCCAUGGGAAGGUUUGAACUUGAUUCCUGGUGAUGUACUAUGGUCAGAUCCAUCAAUGAAAGAUGGUCUUUCACCAAAUAAGGAGAGAGGCAUCGGUCUAUUGUGGGGUCCCGAUUGCACAGAGGAUUUCUUGAAAAAGUUUGACUUGAAGUUAAUUAUCAGAUCACAUGAAGGUCCAGAUGCAAGAGAAAAGAGGCCUGGUUUAGCAGGAAUGAAUAAUGGGUACACCAUAGAUCAUGAAGUUGGAUCAGGGAAGUUGAUCACUCUGUUUAGUGCCCCAGACUAUCCACAAUUUCAGGCAACAGAAGAGAGGUGUAGAAACAAAGGGGCAUAUAUCGUUUUGAGACCUCCUAACUUUGAUGUACCAGAUUUCCAUAGUUUUGAAGCAGUCACUCCGAGACCAGAGGUGAAACCCUACUAUGAUUUUGAAGAUGUCAUUGAUUCUGAUGAAGAGUUGGACUUGGCAUCAAUGGAGACAACUGCAUGAAGUUUCUAUUUAUUUCAUUGGGUAUGAAAUGUGUCAAAAUAAUAUCUAAAUUGUAAAUUUGUUAUUUUUAUUGCUUCAAGGGAUACUUUUUAUUUCAUUUCCCUUGGUAGCUGCUCGUUUCAAACAUAGAGCGUGAUAUCUUUUUGGUUAAUUCAUCUGAUACAUUUACAUACAGAUUGUGUUUGUAGAUGUAGCAUAUGAACUGUCUCUUAAUACUCCUCUCUUUUGUCUUUGAUGGCAUACAGCA